AUGACUGGACGUACAGCUAUUCUCGGUCUCUGUGAGGUUGAGGUUUAUGAAACAGAGAAUGUGGCUCUCAGGGGAACAGCUAUACAGUCAUCCACAUAUACUACCUUUGUAGCUCAGAAUGCUAUAGAUGGUAAAAGAUAUGGACCAGGUGAAGCUGCAUACUGCUCUGUUAUAGGAUCUCAAAGUGGCCCAUGGUGGAGGUUGGAUCUUCAGUUUAAAUGUAAGAUUGACACAGUAAUCAUCACUGAUAGAUCAGACGGUUGUAAUGAUCAAACCAAUGGAGCAGAGAUUCGUAUUGGAAACUCACUGGAAAACAACGGGAACAACAAUCCCAGAUGUGCUGUAACUUCAGGUUUUCUGGUUGGUCAAACUAUCAGUUACUCAUGUAAUGGGAUGGAGGGACGCUAUGUGAAUGUGGUCAUGACUGGAUCUACAUCUUAUCUCUCUCUAUGUGAAGUAGAGAUCUAUGGGAAAUGUAAUUUCUAA